ACUAAAACUGGUAUUGCUUUAUUAUAUGAUGAAGUAUCUGAAAAUGCCUAUGACAUCCGACUGAAGCUUACAAAAGAGGUACUAACAAUUCAAAAACAAGAUGUCAUCUGUGUUAGUGGAAGUGAUCACAGUGCAAAUCACAGAACUGUUACACUUCGUAGACAACCAGUUGGUGGCUUGGGCUUAAGCAUAAAGGGUGGUGCUGAGCACAAAGUGCCUGUCGUCAUAUCAAAAAUAUUUAAAGACCAAGCAGCUGACCAAACAGGAAUGUUAUUCAUAGGAGAUGCAAUAAUACAGGUUAAUGGUAUUAAUGUAGAAAGUGCUACCCAUGAAGAAGUG